AUGACUGCAUGCAAGAAGCUUGGCCCAGACUGGCACUAUUUUGCGCUUUUACUGUCAUCGCAAGAUGAGAAACAAGAUUCGGAACUUUUGAUAGAUGAAAUGACUUGGAGGCAAGUCAUAAUUAACGCAUUGAAACGCUCUCAUGGCAUCUUCGGUGAGGGGAUCGAAUUCGAUUUCCUUUCGGUGCAAGGAAACAGAGCCUUCGUUAAAGUGGGAUACGAAGACCGUGCCCAAUUUUCGUCGGCCCUUUCUACAUACAUCUCAAGCGAGGAACUUAUCGGCGUGCCAUUAGUGGUCCAUAUAUUGCAAGAAUGUACAAAGUUAGAGAGGAUGAAGGUUGGGGAGGACGAUGAGCUAUGGUUCAAAAGGAGUUUGGAGGAAGAAGUAGCGGAUUCCAGUUGUAAUUAG